AUAUUUAGUCAUAUAUAUUAGAACGCAUUACAAGAAAUACCUAGUACCGAUGUCAAUUGAUAUACCGAUUCAUAAUAUCAUAUCAGUGCAUCCCUAUUCCCUAUUAUUGAUUAGAUUUUGCCAACAUAAAUGUCAUAAAGUGUUACUGAAAACCGAAAAUGGACGAAAGCGGUGUUUCAUAAAACUUCGUUUGAAUUUACUGAGACUUGUUGAAUAAGAAUAAAGUUAUAAAUUGUAAAUGUGCGCAAAUGAUAGUAUUAAGAAAUUAAUAAUGAAGAUGGCGCCAGGGUAAUUUAAUCACAGACAUACUGUGGAUCAAUACUUGAAGCCUGAAGGGAGGACAUUGUUACCAGAAAAUCCUCUAAAGAGGUAAAAUAUUUGAAUACUCGUGCAUUAAAUUACGUGAAAAUGAUGAACAGGGACAAACGUGAGCCGGAGUACCCGACGGAGCUGGAGUCGGAAUUCAUAUUACGGCUUCCAGACGAACCUGCGAAGAUACUCAGAGAAGUGUUGAAAACGGGCGACAAUCUCAAGAAUCGCCUCACCAUCCAGAUGGACAACGACAUGAGGCAUGGUGAAGUACGCUUGGAUCACUGGCUCAUGCAUGCCAAGAUCGUCGACCUGCCGACCGUCACAGAAGCUCUCAAGACCAUUGACAACAAAAGCUUUUACAAGACAGCAGACAUCUGUCAGAUGAUGAUUUGCAAAGACGAGCCUGACCAACCAUCUACGGAAGAGGAGUCACCUGCUAAGAAAAAGAAAGACCCUUAUAAGGUAGACAAGAAAUUCUUGUGGCCCCACGGCAUAACACCGCCGACGAAAAAUGUUCGCAAACGUCGCUUCAGAAAGACGUUGAAGAAGAAGUAUGUAGAAGCUCCCGAGAUAGAGAAGGAAGUUAAGAGAUUGCUCCGUGCAGACAACGAAGCGGUCAGUACCACUUGGGAAGUCAUAACAGAAGAAGAUGAACAGCAUCCAAAACAAGAGCCCACCAGCACUGUAACACACAUUAAACCUGAAAAGAAAACCAAAGCUGAACGUAAUCCUAAGCGUGAACCACCUUCAGAUGCCACUAAUCCGGAAUCUUCAAAUGUUGUAGACAUCUUUGGAGGCGCUGUGAGUGACAGUGAUUUGGAGGAUGAAAACAUCAAUGUAGAAUUGGAAGACAGCCAUCUGUCAGCAUACGACAGCCGUCUCUCUGAUAACAGCUCCAUGCUCGGGUUGGGGGAACAAUCAAGCCGUCGGGAACUGCCAAUUGAAUUUGGGUCACACAUGUUCCAGUCUCCAGUUGCCCACAGCAGUAAGAAUUUCCCAGGUCACAGCCGAUCAGUCACUCCAGCUGCAACUAGUGUCAAGGGUGGUAAUGUUUCCUCUGAGGAAGAAGAUGAUCAGUCGAGGGAUAUGUCCAAAGAGAAUAUGACUUUACGUAUCGAACAACUCAAGGCUGAAGUUGAAGAAUUAAAGCAGCGGAGGCAAAGAACUCAGCACGAGAUAGCUGGAAUGGAGAACUUGGCGCUGCGCCAGCGAUUCCAAGACAUUUUGCAUACUCUGAACCAAGAUAUCAUGUACAAGGAAAUGGAAUACCAAGGCAUGGUUACGCUUCAAAAUUCUGAUGAUAUAUGACAUAAAAAGUAAAUGACUGCUAACUAAUGCAGUCAUGAUUGAGCCGGAUCAGUCUCGUGCCCGAUUGUGGCAAUCAAGAUGGAGAGAAAUGGGGGUUUUACUAAUACAUUUACCUUUGUUAUGGAUGUCUAGUAUUUGAUCUGUAAUCUGAUUGUCUAGUAUCAGUAGUUUCUAUGGCAUUGUAUGUUUUAAACAUUCUGAAUAUCUAUAUACUUGUUUACUUAGGGUACUGUAUGUAUACAUAAUCCUCAAAUGUGCACAUAAUAUAUUCAAUAAUUUUUGCACAACUUAUGUGUAAUAAUCAAAUAUGUUUUACAUUUCCAUAACCCAUACCAUGAAUUUGUAUUAAACCAGUGUCGCUCAUUGUAUGGAGCAUUAAAUUUUAAUGGAUUUUAUGUAAUCAUAUCUCGGAAGUUGUAUUAAUGUUGUAUUUAAAAUACAGUUGUCAUAUAUAAAUUUGCAGAUGAUGAGAUAAGGCACCAUCAAAGUAUUAUGUAUAUUAACUCAUGACUUAGAGUCUAGCAAUAUGUAACAUAUAUAUUAUAAACUUAUUAUACCCUAAAGUAGUAAGGUGAUCUGGCUUGUAUAUCCACUGAACAUAUUGUUCCAUGACAUUGUAUACUGUAAUCAGGAACUCCUUACUAGACAUAGAAGAUUAUUCAAAUAAAAUUUUACAAAUUUGUCCUUGGAAUGGUAAAUAUACUAUUUAUGUAUGGUAUUAUGUAUCUAACAUGACUGAAGAAAUGGUUGGAAAGUGAAGAAAGACAUUACAGAAGUAAAGGGAGUGAGGAAGAUGUUUAGAAGGGAAGGAAUAUAUUGGGAAGAAUGAACAACACAUUGCUGUGAAUUGCUGAAAGCUGAUUGGGGUCACCCAAGUAAAUUGUGAUGGCAAGAGAAUGAGAAUAAUAAUUAAAUAUUAAUAAUAAUGAACUAGUCUGAACUUUAUGCUUAUACUAUUUAUGAUCUAUUAUAUCUUUAUGUGAAAUAAAGGAAUUUUAAAACUUU